UAAAGACAAAAUCAUAUGUUUUGGAAAUCUCCAUUCAUGAGUAUAACUUACUUAAUCGUUUGACAUUUACAGUGAUUAAAAUAUUAUCAUUUAUGAACGUUUAUGUACUAGUAUGAUUUUAUCCGAAAUUUGUAAUUAGACUGAAUAAGUAUUUAUUCUGCUACAAACGGGGCCACUUUAAAUUAAAGAAUGGCAGAAAGUAAUGGAGAAAUGAAUGAUGAGGAUAUUAUUAUAAAUGAUCAGGAUGGUCUUCCAAAUGUACAUCCGAAUUUAUUGGCAGAGGCCGAAAUUGUAAGUCCCGAUCACCACACUGACGACGAAUUUGAAGACUUGCCCACCUCACUAAUUGUCACAAACAUUCAUGACUCUGUCUUCACCUCUCAAGAUAAAAAACGAGAGCUGGAGGAUUUAUUUCGUACCUAUGAUCCAGAUGUGACAUUUCAAUGGCUCCGCAGUUUCAGGAGGCUAAGGGCGAAUUUCCAGACCCCAAUAGCAGCAGCCAGUGCUCGGAUCCAGCUCCAUCAGUACAAAAUAAAUGAAUCAAUUAUCACAUGCUACUUUGCUCAACCUGUUACACCUGUGAAGAAUAGUUCAUUGCAGCCCCCAGCACCCUACAAACAGUUCCUAAUUUCACCUCCUGCUUCACCACCUCUCGAUUGGGAGCCAAGGCCAGAAGGAGAACCCAUAAUUAACCAUGAUCUGCUUGCUGCAUUGGCCACUUUAUCACCUGGUUCAUCACACGAAUUGCAUCCACCUUCUCCUGGACAACCCAGCAUUGUGGUUCAUACAGCUUUAGGCCUGGAAAAUAAUACUGGAGUUAAGCAAAGAAUUUCACAAACAGCAUGCCCUGAAAGGAGUUAAUUAUAAUUCUGUGGUGUGUAAUUACUCUGAAUGCUGAAUAUGUGGAGCAAAUUGCUAUUUUAGAUCAAACCUAAGCUUAAAUACUCUACUGAAUAGUUUUUUCCUUACAUUUCUAUCUUCAGAAAUUAAAUGUGAUAAUUUCAGUGAUUUGUUAAACCAGUCUAAAAUAAGUAAUGUUCAGUUCCACUAUUGUGUUCAGAAUACAUUACCAACUUUCUAGAUGUUUCAAUAGCUUUAAAUUUUCUCAUAGGUAUCCUUGUUUUUUAUAUAAUUUAUUCGUUGUUAUGUGUUUGUUAUAUUCAGUGUACUCGUUUUGAAAAAACAUUUUUUUCGUUUGUUUCCUUGAGUUUUAUUGGAUGUAUAUUUGAUCUCAUAGUUAAUUUUUAGUGUGUUAUUGUGUAGUGUAUAAUAUUUAAAAAUUAUGAAUGUAUAAAAUUGAACUUAUGUUUUGUAUGAACAACGAACAUUUUUAAACCGGCCAUAUCAGAAAAAUAUACAUCCACAUUUUGCUCACUGUUUUCAUUUUUUCCGUAAAUAUCUAAAUGUACAAUAUCUAAUGAGUGUUAAAACAUUACAAAUUAAUAUGAGUGUUUCAAUGUGCACCAAGAGCUUUAUGAUGAUUUAUUCAAAAAACUAAUCAUGCGAGUAUGAAAUAAACUUAAAGUGAUGACAAUUCCACAUAAAUUUAACUUUACAUGUUUUCCAAAAUUAUUUUUUAUCAACAUCAUCAAUAAAGCUCUUUAUUCAAUAUGGAUAUUGUUAUUCUAUCAUAAACUGUGUACUUAUUUUGUGUUUUAUUGUUUAUUUAUUUAAAAAUAUGAAUUAGCUAUUAAAUUGUGAUAUUAAAUUAACAUAAUAAAUAUUUAAUUGUUGUUGAUUACUUUGAUAAUAACUGAACAUAACGUUGUGAUAUCUAUUAACAUAUAGUUAUCAGUUUUUCUCUAAUUUCAACAUCUUUGUCUUUGUUACUAAUCUUAGUUACAUUCCUGUUUUGGGCUAAUGCAAAUGUUAUUGUAAAUAAAAUUCUCAUCAUUAGUUAUUUAAAUUUUGAAAAUAACCACAUAUGCUAUGUAUAUCAGUGUAAUUAUCUGUAAAUACUAAAUAUAUUA